UUUCGGGAAGGUCCUGAUUUGCGCAUUUCAAAUGAUGACGAUACUUUGAAAUAUAGAAUAGAAUCCCAACAUCAUAAGUUGGUUGGUUCAGAUAAUUCAGAUUCACAUGAAUUUGCAAUCACAGAUUAUGAAGUCUUUCAAGUAGUUAGCAUCAUUUCUAUUCAUG